AUGAAUAACAACGAUAGUAAUACAGAUACUGCGAAUAUUGCAGAUACUAAUACCAAUACCAAUAUUAGAAAAUUUUUUACACCUCUGUCUCAAACACAAAAAUCAACUGAUAGUUCUAAUAACCAAAACAAAAAAUUAGUUAAAGAUAACUAUCCACGACUUAGAUUACUUGCAAAUGAUAUUAAAGAUAAUAUACAAUCGUUAUUUUUAAAACAUAAUGCUACAUUAUUAGAAAUAGACAAAGUUAAUCUUGAACACAAAAAUGAUAUGAUUGAGUUUAAUUUUCAAUUAGCUAAUAAUUUUACUACAAAUGAAUAUCUUAACUCUAUCAUUUAUGCUUGUGAUGAUGCAUUAGUUUCAAGAGAUAAUUUACGAUGA